CCCCCCCCCCCGUCCCCGUCCCCGCCGCAGCCUGCGCGUCCUUGGGGUCUGGCGUGGGAUGUCAUCGCUGUUUUGAGAGGGGUUUCUACGACGUGGCUUAACCGUGUCUUGCCGCGAAGCGCGCCCGCUUGCGUGGGUUCCGUCAGAGAGGAGCCGUGCUAGAGACGCGGCUUCCAGACCUUGCCCCGCUGCCCUGCGGAGAGCCCGUGGGUGCCGCGCAGGGCGUUACAGGCGGACCGGCGGGAGAAGCUGUGCUACGUGGCAGGGUUAGUAGGUUGGGUAGGCGAAUGCGUUUCUUAUCUCCAAAUUCUUCAAAUAAUUCGGUGUUUCGUUUUGGACCUAGAAAACACGCCUGUGUCUGGCUGAUUAGACUUAGAAGAGGAGAAGAUCAAGGCUUUGUCUUCCUGUAAUUCUGAAGUGAAAGUUGUCAUCAACAAGAAAACUAAAACCUUUUAAAGAUAGGCGUUAGUAGUAGAAUGCUGAAACAAACUUCUGGAUUAGCUUCAUUGGCUUUCCUGCUUCUUUUGCAUCCCAAAGCAUAAGCUUAAAUCGUCUCAGAAGGACAAGGUCCGCCAGUUUAUGGCAUUUACCCAGGCUGGUGAAAGGACUGCUAUAUACUGCUUAAUGCAGAAUGAAUGGAAACUAGAAGUGGCAACAGACAACUACUUCCAGAACCCAGACUUGUACUACAAAGAAUCCAUGAAAAAUUCAGUAGACAGGAAGAAAUUGGAACAAUUGUAUAAUCGAUACAAAGACCCACAAGAUGAAAAUAAAAUUGGCAUUGAUGGGAUUCAACAGUUCUGUGAUGAUUUAAGCCUGGACCCAGCCAGUAUCAGUGUUCUGGUUGUAGCAUGGAAGUUCAGGGCAGCUACUCAAUGUGAAUUCAGUAAAAAGGAAUUUGUUGAUGGCAUGACAGAGUUGGGGUGUGACACCACAGAAAAACUAAAAGCUCUAUUGCCGAGACUGGAACAAGAGUUAAAGGAUCCAACAAAGUUCAAAGAUUUUUAUCAGUUUACUUUUAACUUUGCUAAAAACCCUGGACAAAAAGGUCUAGAUCUAGAAAUGGCAAUUGCAUAUUGGAAUUUAGUCUUAUCAGGAAGGUUUAAAUUUCUAGAUCUUUGGAAUAAAUUUUUGUUGGAGCAUCAUAAAAGAUCAAUUCCAAAAGAUACUUGGAAUCUUUUGUUAGACUUUGGAAAUAUGAUUGCAGAUGAUAUGUCCAACUAUGAUGAAGAAGGAGCGUGGCCUGUUCUUAUAGAUGAUUUUGUGGAAUAUGCACGACCAGUAGUCACAGGAGGAAAACGUAAAACUUCCUAACCCCAGACUCGUCAACAUGGACUAAACGUGCGCUCUGAACUGCAUUAGGUAAUAAAGACUUGAUGGGUGACUGUGCACAUUGUUGCUGGUUUCCACAGUUGUGAUGACACUCUGCAGGCAAAACUGCAGUUCUUCCUUUCUGCCUCAAGAAAACGACGUCUGACUUGUGGACGCUUCAGGAACAAACUCAGAAGAUAGUCCAGGCUGUUAGUAGGCUAUUGGCUUCAAUUAUUGUACUGGUUGUAUCAUAUAGGAUGUAGAUUUUGCAUGAUUUUAUACUUUGGAGAGGCCAUUUUAUUACAGUUUUGACAGCACAGCAUGCAAUUCAGUUAGUGAUCCAAAGUGAACACCAGCAGCUACAUACAUAAAACUGUAUUAUAUUGUACUUAUAUUAAAAGCAGUAUUUGUGGUAUAUAAAUUAAAUCCCUAAAUAAAACUUAUGCAGUAUGUUGUAUUUUUAUAAAAGUUAGUUCUGUGGAUCUGUUCUAAUAUAGAAUUGUAACAAAACAAAAAAACACCUAUGCUUUUUUUACUCAUUGCCAAAAUUUCAAAUUUGUAUUUUUAACUCCUAGAUGUAUAGAUUGAUUACAUCCAGCCUUUUGUUUUCUCCCAGUGAGAUUAACUUCCUCAUUAUUCUUCUUGAAGUGCUUGGACAUGGAACAGUAGCAUUGCUGAGGAAGGGCUGCUGCUUUAUGCUAUGUUGCAACUUGAAGUAGACAUUGAACAAUCGAAGACGCCUUUAUAAUUCAUGUUUGAUUAUCAUAAUUCAGUUAGUCUUCUUCAGUUAUGUGUUUUAUUUAUUUAAAAUAAUGAACUGGUGGACUAUAACUUUUAGUUUUAUUUGUAGCCGGAAAUGUAUCGUGAAUUCCGGCUAAAUCAGCGUAGUUAUAAAUGCAAUUCCUGGCACUUUUCACAGAAAACAAAUGUGAAUAAACCUAAAGACUUAACUAGUUGGCUUCCACUUUGGAGAAAUAGGAUUAAGGACACUUUACAUUAAUGAUGAUAAUUAUUUAUGCCUCUGGAUGUAUUUGUGCGUUCAGUAGCAUUUAUUUAAGGGGAAAAAAAGAGAGUAAAUUAAUGCAGUAUCAUUGAUAUCAAGGCUAGUGGAAUUGGACUAGUUUUCAUCAAAUCUGAAUUUAUUCAGUCAUUUGUUUCUCCUCUUUCACCAGCUAUCAGUUAUCAAGUAUACAGAGGACAGUCUUCUCUUUCUCAACAAUGUCUCCCAAUGCCUAAGCACAAAAAAGUUUUACCAGAAAUUAUUCAAACAUCUUCGCACAGGGCUCUUUUAAAUGCUACCUCAUCAAAAUGAGUUUGUCAUAGCCACUGUAAAAGUUUAUUGAAACAAAAUUUGCUAAAGAGUAUGUACAGCUAAAAUUAAUGUAUUUUCUGUAAUCAGAGCUAAAUAGAUGCAAGGAUUUUGGAGGAAAUAGUACAUUAAGUUAUAUAAUUUAUAUCUGGAUCACAUCAGAUCGUUUAAGUAUUGCAUGACAGCAUAUUAUUUUAUUUUGUAGUUGUAAGGGUAUAAAAGCUUGCAAAAUUCUCUUAAACUCUAAUAUUUAGAGUUUUAUAUAAGCAGUCAGCCUUCAUUUAUGUCAAUGCAGCCUAGAAGAACAAAUGUUCGUGCUGCAUACAGAAAGAUUACCUUCAGUCUUCCGCUUGAGAGAAUUUCAGUUGUGCAUGAUGUUUUAAAAAGCAGGGUUAGGACAAAUUUGGGAAAAAAAAAAAAUUCUGUUAGUAACAACGUAGCAGGCAAGUUAGAAAUGCCUCGCAAGUGAUUUAUAUUAGUAGUCUGUCUUACCCUGAGCGGUAAACUGUAAAUGGUAGCUCUUGCAUGGCAGCCACUAGAUGUCAGUGUCUCAGUCUUCAGCUGCCUCUCUUCUGUGUCGUUAGGGAGUAAUAGUAAGCCAAAUUACUACUUUCUGACUACGUCUUUUUAGAAGGGUAUUUGUGUACGUAAGUCCAGGUAUUCUACAGAAGUCAACGGAGAUUUAAGAACAGUAUUUUGCUCUUUUUUAAUGCAUUUGACUUACCUACUCUUCCUUCCCAAAACAAGCCAUUUCUAAGUCUGUCCUGUAGGCUUUGGAGAACAUGUAGCUUCUCAUAACAUCAAGUGCAUUUAUCCAGGCGAAAGCAGUGCAAUGCUUGUUAUUCACACAAUUGCCACUUAAAAUAUAUAGCUAUAAUAUAACUGACCAGAAGUAGUUUAAUAUAUUGGUACGUGAUGUAACUGAAUAGUUUCAUAGGACUAGAGCUUGUGAAACGUUUGUUCAUGCUAAGAACACCCUCAAAUCAACCCAAUGAACCUUUUACCUUUAAAAAUAAAUAGAGCACAAAAAAAUGCAUGUGGUUUGAGGUUUUUUGCCUUGUUAAUCUGAGGAAGAAGGAAGGUGCUUAGCCCAGUAUUUGGUUUCUAUAUAUACACACUCACUUACUCUGAAGCCUCAUUCCUGUGAGGAUCCUUCAUGGAAGACACCUUCCAGCAGAGGAAGACUGGGCAAAAUGCUCUCAAGACAGGAGUUAUUCUUUAUCAGCCAGCUUCCUAGGUGUGUAGUGUGCUUUUUCUUUUCUUCCUAGUCUUCUAAACAUUUGAAACUACAUAUGCAUUUUACAUUCCCAGAAAUAAUAGCAUGGAGUAACACCUUCACGCUUGAACAAUCAUAAAAUAAAUGCAAAUAAACUGCUUUCAAA